GCAUCCCUUUUAAGGCCCCAUUGAGUUUGAGUUAUCUUUCCUUAUAUUUAUAACCUGCGAAUCAUUAGCAGGGCGUUGUUAUAAUAUAAAAUAAAGACAAGCUAUAUAUUUGAUACUUCGUGUUAAUAUCAAAAGUAUUAGUAAUUAAAUAACACCAGGUUUUAACACCAAUAAUAUAUUAUUUUACCAACGUUUGAUUUAUUGUAGUGUUGUCGGUUCGAGAUUACGCAUCACGUUGCCAUGUGACCGAUCAUUAGCAGACAACUUCUGCCCUGUAGUGAUUAUGCAAAAAUAAGCUUGUGAAUAUUUCUGCUGCAAUAUAUUAAAGAAGUGAACACACAUAUCCUUGAGGAAAAUCAUUGUAGUUUAUGUCCUUAGCAUUUCGCUAACAAUAGUUUUAUGAGGUGACAAUGGCCGAGAAGAAAUACCGCGGUGCACCUUUUGGCGUACAAACUGCCAGAUUUGAUGUAUCAGGGGUGCAUCCGAAGUUCAAACCACCAGGAGGUUUCACAGAACUUCCUUAUGACAAGAACUACACUAAUGAAUUGACUCGUUGCUUGGGUCCAGGCUGCUAUUCUUUUGACAAUGGGUCAUUCAGCAAGAAGCGAGUGGAGGAGAUGGCGUCGGGUCCCGGCUGGCAGCAAGCGUACGAGGUGGAACGGAUGGCCGCGCUGCCUCACCUGCUGUACAAAGAGCAGUGGGAACAGAAGCGCAUGCUGCGCAGGAAGCUUGGACCAGGAUCAUAUGAGAUAAAAGACUUCAUGGAAUCUGCUGAUGAAAAACCUCGGAGUCAGCGCGGAAUCUGUGAUGCCAGAGCUGAGAGAUUUAGCAAUGAUAUCGUGAGCAUAACUCCUGGUCCUGGCACCUAUGGUAAAGGUGGUGUGCCUAGCGCAGUUAUUGAGGAGAAGCAGAAGAAGUCGAUGAGUACAGUGGGAAUGUUGGAUGCAGUUUCAUCUGCAGCCAGAUAUAUUAAGUCACAGGGUUCUGGAUUGGGACCGGGAACGUAUCACUUCAACAGUUUCACAGAUGACAUGGCAUCGAAGGUAGUCAGUUUGCGAGGACCAUACGAUCUCUUUUCCGGCAAUCGAAACAAGCCAAUCACUGUUGGAUAUUUUGCAGCACCUAAAAUGGUGACAGUUGGUCCUGGCAAGUACGAACUGAAGUCAUUUGUAGAUGAUUGGCAGACACUUCACAAAAAGAAACACGGCAAGUUCGGGAAUGUUGAACAGUACCCCGAUUUCCCCCACGAACGCAUUUUCUACAGUACACUGUCACAAUAUCAAACAAGAGGGAACACACCUGGACCAGGUAAAUACGAUGUUCUUGAGCAGCCCUCGAAGCCUACCUCCGUCAAAGGACCAGGGUUCUUAUCAUCUUCUCAGAGGAACGACCGGAUGUCACAAAUGUUCUUCACAAGAAACUUUAACCCUGUUGGUGCCGGUCGCUACGACAUACAGAAAUGGGAUGAUGCUCAGCAUCACAAUGGACAUGAGAGUGUUUUUAAAUCAAAAACAGGACCACUUAAACCACAUAUGGCAAAAUUCCAAAAGGAGAGAAUCCGUGCGAAAGAUGUCCAGAUUAAAGACAGACUUUUUAUGGUACCUCCGCAAACUGAGGACUACUCGUACAUGAAUGAAACCCAGUCACGUCUCCUCAAGCCAACCAGAUCUACCACUGUUAUAUAGUAUCACCUCAGAUACCUGUUGUUAAACAGCUGUACAAAACAGGGACAUACGUUUAAAAGAAAACCACAUAACGUAUGGCAUCAUCUAAAUAGAUGGUUGGUUAUGUAAAACGUGCAAAAGGUUUUCUUUGUGGUGAUAUACUUUAAAGACAAGCUCCACAGAUGCAUGGCAUCAUCUUAAAUAGAUGUUGGUUUAAACUAAUUUAUAAAAGGUUAUAUAAAUUUUUUAUGAAAGGUUUUCUUUAUAGAUAUAUUUUAAAGAGAGCUACCAAAAGAUGCAUGGCAUCAGCUUAAAAUAGGUUUACAAAAAAUAAUGUAAAAUAUAACUAAAAGAUUUUCUUUACGGAUAUAGAUUUUAAAGUGUUCAAAGAGAUCACCAGUUAUAAUUUUAUGAUCAUAUAUUUGAUAUAAUAGUUUUAAAGAAUGAUGCGAUUAAUUAAUUUCUAAGAAAAAUAUAAAUGAGCCUUCACACAAGUUUUGUAGAUUUAUGUUUGCAAAACACAUUUCAUUAAAUAUCUGGUAAUUGUUUAUUAUGAACACCCAGUUUUGUGUAAGAUGUAAAUUUUAAAGGAUCCUAUUUUUAUGUAAAAAUAUAUUACUUAAAGAAUUAAAUGUCUUACACAGAACAAGAUUUAAGAAGUAAAUAUUUUUAUUACGCCCCAUUUCUUUGUAUAAGAGACAAUCAUAAAUGUAUAGAACACUAGCUAGGUUAGAAAGUUCAUUGAGAUGGAUUAACCAAGGAAACAGGACCUUUAAAGACCUUUAACAGGAUCAAAGUAAAUAAAUUUGCAUUAAAAUAAAAUAAUUAGACAUUUGCAAGUAAAAACAAUUUUGUAGACAAACUACCACAUAAAAUGCUAUUUUAGUAUGCAGUGAACAAUGGUUUGCUGAUCAGUAUUUCAUUCCAUGCAGACAAAAAACAAAUAUAUGAUGAAGUCUUUCUUGAUUUGGUCAGUAUUAAGUAUUAAAUCCUCGUUUUGUUGUUUGUUUUUAUGUACCAAAAAUCAUUUUAUACGGAGUCCGUCUUACAAUAUCUUCCUGUUUUUGUUGUUUCUGUGUCUUCAUAUGUAAGUUUAGAACCAAGUUGUUAUAAUAAUUAAGUAACUUAUAAACUGUUAUUUAUUUAUGAUACGUUGAAUGUAUAUACGAGAUAUAAGAUAUCCACCUUAUGUAUAUUUUUCUACUCUGAAGACUUAAUUAUACAUUGGUGAUAGUGUUUAUUGCUAGCUAUAAUUAACAUCACCGUUAAAUUUUAAAAGAACAAAAAUCACCUGCUGAAAUGUUAAUCAGUUACACGUCCAUCAGAGAUAUUCUUGUGAUGAUGUAACAACUGGUUAUCUCUUUUGCUGCUGUUUGCAUAAAUAUCCAGCAUUAGCAACCAUGUUAUUUUUUUAAACAUGUUUCUUGUUCAAACGUGAUCGUGUGUGUGUGAUACAUAAAUAUGUAGACAUUUAAAAAAAAAGUUUUGAGUAAGUGUGAAACUAGUUACAAUCGUUGAAUACUAAUGAAGAACAAAAAUUCACCCAUAGAUAUUUAUUAUUGUUAUAAAAGUACAAACUGUUGGUUUUUCCUCCAUGUAUAUGUAUAACCUAACCCAUUUAUUUUGUCAGAUAUAUGUUUGAAAUAAUUGCAAGCAGUUAUAUAAUUUUUCUUUAAAAACAUAAAUGAAUAUAAAUAUCCCAUUACAAUAUGACUGUGAUAAACAAUUCUUAAAACUGUACCUGUAUAUAUACUUACUAAUUUAUAGAUUUGUUUUACAAGGUAUAUUAACAUAUUUAUUUUAACCUGAACUGAAUAUGCUAAUGUUAUUUCAUAAUUCGCUUUUAUUUAUGAAUUCCAAUAACAAAAUGGCAAGAAAUAAUUUACCAGGCAUAUAGUUUGUUUACCACAAGUAUUACACUGUGCAAUAUUAGACAUUAAUUAAACAUGUAUUCAGUGUUUUGAAUCAAAGUUUAUAACGUCUGGUGUUGAUACAUCAGUUAUUAUACCAUCCCCUUGAUAUAUUCCAGUUUUAUUUGUGAAUUUUUAUCUCAUAAGGAGAUUACAAAAAAAAAGAGAGCAGAAAUGAGUAAAAUGUGUUUAUAUUUUUAUAACUGUACGUAAAAGCCCAGAAUAAAAUUGGAUAUACAAACAGAAAUGAUAUAAAGCCACUUCAUCACUUCCUUUUGCAGCAUAUAUUCCCAAAUUACAAAUGACCUUAUAUGAAAACUGUAAAACCUAUACUGAUGUUAUUGCUAUGAAGUCCAUUCACAGACAGGGUUUAUUUAGUGUGAUUGUUUAACUGUUUGUUUUUGAUAGUAUUAAUAAAAAGAAAUCCACCCACACAACACGAUUGUAAAACAUAUAUUCAAUAGGAAAACAGAUACACUGCAUGAAAAAAAAAACCCCUACAAUCCUUAUCCAAAUAAAUAC